AUGAACCUCACAGAGACACAAUCCACCAAAAAGUUCAAUGAGGAUACCGUUGAUGCCGUUGACACAACCAAAAGCAUGACACACGUGCCACUGUGGCAAUCGAUUAAGAAAUUCCCCAGAAUCGUGGGAUAUUGCCUCGCGCUAAGCUCGGCAAUUCUUCUCUACGGAUAUGAUUUAGUCAUCGUGGCAACAGUGGCUGCGAUGCCCCAGUUCCAAGUUGUUUUCGGCCAGGAAUACAAUGGAAAAUACAUCAUCCCCACCAUGUGGCUUUCUCUCUGGAACGUCUCCAGUUGCAUCGGCAUAAUGUUGGGCUCUGUCCUCGGUGGUCAAUAUCAAGAUCGCCGUGGACGUCGGAUUACGCUCGCUAUAGGCAGUUUCCUAUCCACCAUUGCGGUCGCAAUAUGCUACAUCUCGGAUCUGCCAGACGAUAUGGAAACUCGUCGAGGAGUAUUCUUCGCGGGUAAACUAUUCCAAGGAAUUUGUAUUGGCAUUCUGCUGUGUGUCACGCAGACAUACAUGUCCGAGGUGCUUCCUGUUGCUCUUCGAGGUCCGAUCAUUGCAUUCUAUCCGAUCUUCACGCUUCUUGGACAACUAGUUGGGUCGAUCGUGGUUUAUACUUCGCUUAAGCAUACAGGUGUCGAGUCAUAUCGGAUCUGCUUUGCGUCGCAAUGGCCAUUCUCAUCUAUUCCAUUUGUUCUAGCGGCGUUUUUACCAGAGAGUCCGACCUGGCUGUUGAGAAGGGGUCGAACGAACGACGCUCUCAAGGCACAGAAAAAGCUUAAUACGCCCCGUAUCAACUCGCAAGCUGUGAUCGACGAGUUACAGGCGUCAAUUGCAGCAGAGGACGAGGAGAGUGCAACCCAUACAUAUGCCGAUUGUUUCAGAGGAGUCAACAUGCGUCGAACUUUUAUUGUCGCUUUUGCAAGCAUUAUACCUCAGAUGUUCGGACUGCAGCUGCUGGCAAAUUCCUCCUACUUUAUGCAGAUCGUGGGUAUGGGCUCAGCUAAUAGCUUGAUUUUCUUGAUUUUGGGCAUUGGACUGGGCCUGAUCGCGAAUGUUGUCAGUCUGUGGGCACUGAAUGCCUUUGGGAGAAGAUUUCUCAUUCUACUCACUUUGAAUAUUGUUAUGGUAAUGUGGUUCGCAGUAGGAAUAGCAGGGAUCUUCACCGGAAUCGUGACGAUUUGGUAUACGGCAGUGAGCAUGAUGAUUAUCACCAUGGUCUCUGGUCUUGGGUCGUGGCCUGCGUCUCAUGUGGUGGCUGCCGAAGCGUCUUCACUACAACUCCGAGCCAAGACCCAAGGCAUUGGGUGGUUUACUAGUGGCUUUGGUACUGCAGUUUUCGCCAUCAUCUUGCCAUAUAUCUAUAACGCAGACCAGGGAAAUCUAAAGGCAAAAACAGGGUUCGUGAUGGCAGGGUUCGCCGCAGUUGCAGUCAUUGUCGUGUGGCUGGGUAUCCCAGAGAUGAAAGGACGGACGGCAAUGGAGAUCGAUCGCAUGUUCUCACUGAGAUUACGGACUCGCGCAUUCAAAGGCUGGCAUAGCGAUGUAACUCUCACGAGUAAAACAGAAGCCAUUCAUCCGACUGUGAAAGCAUGA